AACUGUCAGUCUGUUGACAGUUGCGCAAGUGUAAACAAAAUCACGAGAGCGGUGCGGUGAAAAUUGUAAUCGAAGAUCUCUCGGCCGAAUUUCCUUUUUUCACAAGAUGCUGCACAUCGUUCGAGGGCCAGUUUUACGCGGGAGGUUACAUAAGUUGCCGGAUGUCCGGGCGUUUCUGCUGUCCGGCAGCGAGUAUUCUUCAGAUUCCAGCUCUCCACCGGGCGAUAGAGAUGAUAAACCAAAAAAAUUACAAACCACCGCCCAAAAGAAGGCAAGUACGGCGGAGGAGGAAUCGAAGAAAUCGUCUGCCGCUUUGAACCGGCUUAACGAGCUGCUGUCCAUGAUGAACACCGAGAGCGAGCUGAAGCUGGUGAAAAAGGUGGAUCUUCCGCGACCGAAGGGAAAGAAAGUAAAAGAGCGGAAAGCAGCGGCAGAAGAGUCUGAUUCCGACUCAGAUACCGAGGAACGGCCGCGAGAUCUUGCUCAGGCAACUCGCAAUGUGGCCAACUCGUUGGGAGGUGAUCCGAAGAAAACGGAAUCAGAACUGUUGUCCAAACUGCUAGGCUCGGCUGGUGCUGGCGAGGGAGGUGAUUCGCUCACCAACAUCAUCACCGGUAUGGCCGUGGACCGAGAUGCUCGAGAGAAGGCAAGUGAUCCUACGCGAAGCACGCUCGUGAAGAAAGCGAUCGACUCCAAGCGAUCGAAGCAGCAGCAACGUGCUGUUGAUGAUGCUGGUAUGAAGCAGCGAAGUGAUUUGUCUUCGAAAGAUCGCUCGGACCGCAAACGGAUUGCGAAACAGCAGAAACAGCAGCAGCUGCUGCAAUCAUCUCCCGGUGGCCCAGGUAGCGUGAAACUGUUCGAUGGAGAGCCGCUAGGUAUCUUCACUGAUCUUGCCUCUCUGAAGGACAUCUCCGACAAGCUGCCGACUUGGCAAAAGCUACAGGAACGUGAACUGAAGCUCUCCGUCACACAUCCUCCGGCAAAUUACUUCCAAAAGAUGGCCCUCUGGACCGAGCAGGGCAAACUCUGGAAGUUCCCCAUCGACAAUGAGCAAGGCCGAGACGAGGAACAAAGAGUUCCGUUCACGGAGCACGUAUUUCUCGAAGAACAUCUCGAACCAUGGUGUCCAAAGAGAGGCCCGAUCCGACACUUUAUGGAACUCGUGUGCGUCGGUUUGUCGAAGAACCAUUACAUCACGGCGCAGGAGAAACGGGACCAUAUCGCCUGGUAUCGAGACUACUUCGAGCAGAAGAAGGACCUACUGAAGGAAGUGAUUGUCCAGGAAGCUGAAAAAGCAAAGGAAAUUGAGAAAUAAAAGUCUCUGCUUUGUAAUUGCAGCGCAAUAGUAUACUUUGUUUGUUCCGUUA